AUGGAAAUAAGAGUAGCGAAUAAAUAUGCUCUGGGGAAAAAGUUAGGGAGUGGUUCAUUUGGUGAUAUUUAUGUUGCGAAAGAUAUUGUAACUAUGGAAGAAUUUGCUGUAAAAUUAGAAUCAACGAGAUCGAAACAUCCUCAACUGUUAUACGAAUCAAAGCUUUAUAAAAUAUUAGGAGGAGGAAUUGGAGUACCUAAAGUAUAUUGGUAUGGGAUAGAAGGAGAUUUUACUAUUAUGGUUCUUGAUUUAUUAGGGCCAUCUUUAGAAGAUCUUUUUACCCUUUGUAAUAGAAAAUUUUCUUUAAAGACUGUCCUAAUGACAGCAGAUCAAAUGUUAAACAGAAUUGAAUAUGUACAUUCCAAAAAUUUUAUACAUAGAGAUAUUAAACCAGAUAACUUUUUAAUAGGAAGAGGAAAAAAAGUUACAUUAAUUCAUAUUAUUGAUUUUGGACUUGCAAAAAAAUACAGAGAUUCAAGGUCACAUACACAUAUACCAUAUAAAGAAGGAAAAAAUUUAACAGGAACAGCAAGAUAUGCUAGUAUAAAUACUCAUUUAGGAAUUGAACAGUCUCGUAGGGACGAUAUAGAAGCCCUAGGAUAUGUUCUUAUGUAUUUUCUUAGAGGAAGUUUACCAUGGCAAGGCCUUAAGGCUAUUUCUAAAAAGGACAAAUAUGAUAAAAUUAUGGAAAAAAAAAUAUCAACAUCCGUUGAAGUCUUGUGUAGAAAUGCAAGCUUCGAAUUUGUAACAUAUUUAAAUUAUUGUCGAUCUUUAAGAUUUGAAGAUAGACCUGAUUAUACAUAUCUAAGAAGACUUUUAAAAGACUUAUUUAUAAGAGAAGGAUUUACAUAUGAUUUUCUAUUUGAUUGGACAUGUGUUUAUGCAUCAGAAAAGGACAAAAAAAAAAUGUUAGAAAAUAAAAAUCGAUUCGAUCAAACAGCAGAUCAAGAAGGAAGAGUAAAGCAAAAUUAA